UGAAAAUACGUGCGGAUCAUUUUCCGCGGACCUGAAGAUGACAGAAGCUUGAAUGUUUUGUUGGACGCAGGCUGCUCUCAAAUGAGCCGGAAGAUGGCGGAGUGGCAGAAGGAGGGUGUUUCUCCUCUCUCUCUCUCUCUCUCUCACACACAUUCAUCCCGUUUCCACCAAUAAGCCCAAUGAGCUGAGUCUGCACCGCCCACUCCCCGUGUGUGUGCGUGUGUGUUUUUUUUCUUCUGGAGCCGAGUGUGUAAGAUCGUCACAUGUUGUUUCUCCUCCACAGUCCGGACGCCCGCAGACAUGUGCUGGUCGCUGCUUCACACGCCGCCGGAGCUGAUCGUUUGAGGCUGGAUCUAAACGCGCUCUUCUUCUUCUUCUUCUUUCGCCCUUCAUCUUCGCUUUCGGAUUCCUGGUUCCGCGUCGGCUGAUCAGAAUGGCGAGUCCGCCGAGCAGCGGGGAGCAGCCGGCGAGCGUCCAGGGGGACGUGAAGAAGAGCGGCUACCUGAAGAAGCAGAAACACGGACACAAGCGCUUCUUCGUGCUGCGCGAGCCGAGCGAAGGCGCGCCCGCGCGCCUGGAGUACUACGAGAGCGAGAAGAAGUGGAGGAACAAGUCGGCGGCCAAGAGGGCGAUCGCCCUGGACUGCUGCCUGAGCGUCAACAAGAGAGCCGACUCCAAACACAAGUAUCUGGUGGCGCUUUACACCAAAGACGAGUAUUUCGCCGUGGCGGCGGACAACGAGCCGGAGCAGGAGAGCUGGCACCGCGCGCUCACGGAGCUGAUCUCCGAGGGCAAGGCGUGCGACGGGUCGGCGUCCAAUUCCGCGUCCUCGCUGGUGGGCUUCGACGAGUCGAGCUACGGGCUGAUCACGCCGGUGUCCGCCGCCUAUAAGGAGGUGUGGCAGGUCCACAUGAAGUCCAAAGGCCUCGGGCAGAGCCGGAACCUGACCGGGGUGUACAGGCUCUGCCUCUCCAGUCGGACUAUCAGCUUCGUCAAGAUGAACUCGGAGGUGGCGUCCGUCGUCCUGCAGCUGAUGAACAUCCGGAGGUGCGGCCACUCCGACAGCUUCUUCUUCAUCGAGGUGGGUCGCUCCGCCGCCACGGGACCCGGGGAGCUGUGGAUGCAGGCGGACGACUCCGUGGUGGCGCAGAGCAUCCACGAGACGAUUCUGGAGGCGAUGAAGGCGAUGAAGGAGCUGUCGGAGUUCCGCCCUCGCAGCAAGAGCCAGUCAUCCGGUACCAACCCCAUCUCCGUGCCCACGCGCAGGAACCUGAACCAUCUCCCCCCGAGCCAGACCGGCCUCCUCCGCCGGUCGCGGACCGACAGUUUGGCCACUAUCUCGCCUGUCAGCAAGUUUUCCUCGUGUCGGUUACGCACCGCCAGCGAGGGCGACGGCACCAUGACGCGCCCCAUGUCCAUGGCAGGAAGUCCCCUCAGCCCGGGGGUGCACAGGACCCUGCUGAGUCGCUCUCACACCAUCACAGCCCGCCCGUGCCGGACCUUCGAGUCCUCCUCUCUGCAACACAGCAAGUCCAUGUCCAUGACUCUGUCUCACUCACCCCCGCUGGCCACCACCAGCCUGGCCAGUUUGACCUCCUGCCCUGAGACCGGGGCUCCCCGGCCCUCCAGCUGCAGCGCCUCCUUCUCGGGCUCCCCCAGUGAUGCCGGUUUCAUUUCAUGUGAAGAAUUUGGCUCCAGCCCUGCAGAUGUGAGGGACGUCCGGCUACCCCUCACCUACUGCAGCAGCACUCCCGAGUCCAUCCGGGCCGACACCCCCCCCUCCAGGGACGGGAGUGAGCUGGACGGGUACAUGGUGAUGGAGCAGCAGAACCAGAACGUUUAUAGACGGUUGCCCGAGCUGGACAAGGUUUACAGAAAGCGCACGUAUUCUCUCACCACACCCCGCCAGCACAGGGUACCCCCCCAAGUGUCCUCAGCCUCUCUGGAUGAGUACACCCUCAUGAGGGCCACGUAUGCCAGUGGACACCCACUUUACCGCAGGUGUCACACCGCCUCCCCCAAAGGAACAUAUCCAGAGGAUGAUGUGCAAAACCCAGCUCAGGGGGACAGUGGCUACAUGCCGAUGAUGCCGGGUGUGGCCCCUCAGACGCCCUCAUCACGGACUGACCCUUACAUGCCCAUGAGCCCCAUGUGCGUUUCAGCCCCGAAGCAGAUUGUCAACCCCCGCUCCCACUCGUCCACACCGACCCUGCCCCGCACCGACUCGCCCAGCAGUGUUUCUCUGGAGGACAGUGGCUACAUGAGGAUGUGGUGCGGAACCAAGAUGUCUGUGGAAAGUAACGACGGAAAGCUAAAUAACGGGGAUUACUUGAACAUGUCCCCCGUGGACCCUCUGGUCUCUCUUACAAAUCUGGACUGCAUCCUCAAUUCUCCAGGUGGAGACACCCACCCGCAGCAGUUCCACCGACAUCCCUUCUCCAGCAGCUUUUUACUGAAGAGCCAGUUACAGCGAAAUGGAUCUGCAGACACAGACCAGUAUGUGAUGAUGAGUUUACAGAAGCAGCCAAUAGAAGAGGAGUCCAACUACUGUCCGGUUUCUCCAGAACAAUCCGACAGUUCUUCAUCUGCUCCAUCUCCUCUCAGGGCUGUACACCGGCCCCGGAUGUGCCGCCCCACUCGACUGGCUUUGGAGUCCCUCAGAACCUUACCAUGUAUGACUGAACACCCACUUCCCUCAGAGCCACGCAGCCCGGGGGAGUACAUCAACAUAGACUUUAGCAGCAAGGCUGGGGAUUCAGGGCUCUCCUCUGAAGCUUUAAGAUCCCCUGCUGAAAGGGAAGCCACGUCGCUCACUGACAACACUGAAGCUGGCUCGCACCAAAGCCAGAGUCUGUCACCUGCAGCAAACGCAACAGCCAAAACGUGUCUCAAGCAGCAGCCUGACAAGGAGGAUGAGGAACCGAAGGAAGUGAAGAGGGUUGUGAACGAAUACCCGCUUCAGCAUCACUUGGGCCUCGUGUGUCAACAGUCUUCAGUCAAGGACGACUACACGGAGAUGACUUUCAACCCUCCAGCUGAUGCCGCACCCCUGCCCACCAGCCCCACUGCCUGUGUCAAAAGACUGAGCCUUGAGAACAGCAGCGUGGACAGGGUUCCCCCUGCACCAGUGGACUCCUUCCUGCUGGGGGGUCCCCUGUUGUCUGUCACCCUGGUGGACCCACACAGGGGGGCCAAAGUGAUUCGGGCCGACCCCCAGGGCCGGCGGCGUCACAGCUCAGAGACCUUCUCCUCCACCACCACUGUCACACCUGUCUGCCCGUCCUUUGCCCACAACACCAAGCGCCACAGCUCCGCUUCAGUGGAGAACGUGUCUCGCUCGGUACGGGGCUCUGAGGGCCAGGAGGAGAACUACAUCAACAAGAGCUCCAUGUGCAGGGAGACGUCCGCCGGAUUCCAGAAUGGACUGAACUACAUUGCCUUAAAUUUGAUGGAUAGCAACAUCGGCGGCUGCAGAUUAGGGGGUUGCGACCGGCUGCUGCGUUUCAAGACCACCUGCGGGUGCAAAGGUGGCAUGAACGGCUUCAGCUCCAGCCCCUACACCAGCCUGGGAUUCAAAGAGACUGCCGCAGCUGUGAAGGAGUAAAGAAUGUGGGGCUCAGCGCUCGCCGUCGUCCUGCACCCGCCGUCUGCUGUGAAAGAACGUUCGCUACGACAAGGUCGCCAAGGCAACAGCUGGACCAUUCUCUUCAGACAAUGUCCUUUGACCCCUUCGCCUUCUUCGAGGGUCACAGGGACGGUCCUCACCAUAGCAACACGGACCCUUGACCCGUGACCCAAAUCUUUCCUCCGCUUCUCUCGGCACCAAAACAUUGGAGGCGCCGUCGUCUCUGCUGCUGCUGCUGCUGUACUGGAUGACGCAAAGAUAUUGAAACUAUUUAUCCGUGUACGUUGGUCUGGAAAUGAUUUUAUGUUACAUAUUUGUUUCAGUGGGACCGAAUGUUUACCACAGCCAAACCUGGAGAGCACACACACACACACACAUGCAAUCGAAUAUGCAUACACAAAUAUUUAUUUAUUGAUCGCGGAUGUGUGUGUGCAUUUGUAAGUGUGUGUCCAGUUGAAAUGAAGAUUUCAAGGAGAUAUUUAAAAAAAAAAGAGAGUGAGAAAAACCUACCUCAGCAAAACUAGGUUGGCAUCAAUUCAAACAGUAGAAAUAUAUAGAAGAUAUUUAUUUUCCGAGGUGAAUGUUUUUGUUUUUACCCACCAAUCCAAAGCCUUACUCGCGCCUUCGGCCACUAUCUGACGCAUCUUCUCCUUUGGACCUACAGAGACAGUAUUUAACAGACUGAAUGUUUAGGAGAGGAAGCCUCUCUGAGAUUACCACGUUCCGCCGCUGACAAGAUAAUGUAUUAAAGAUCCACAUCAGAUUGCCUGAGCGGCUACACUCACACUACUGUCGGCAUUUUUGAGCCCUUCAAAACGCUUUUCUUGACCAUUUGUCUCAAGCGAGCAAUGCAAUUGACUGGUCAUGUGACCUGCUGCGGUACACAAGGUACGACGGUAGUAGUGUGGAUGUAGCUCAAGAAUACUCAAUUGAGGAUCAGAUUUCAAUUUUUUUUUAUAUAAUGUGUGCCAUAAAUACGAGAAGGACUGAACGUCUUCCUGUUUUAAACCCAGCUGCAUGACGUCUCAACAAAACUGGGGUCUGCAACCUUCACCUUGAGUCCGACCGCUGUUGUUUUGAAUCCACAGCCUCGUGGCCAAAUGGGUUUACUACAUGCGUCAUGCAUUUCAUCUUAGCUCAUGUAGAAAUACUUUUGCUUUUGUUUUUUUUGCCUUUUUUAUGACAAGAAUGUUAGAAUUUUGACUAUAGGGGGCGCUGUAUUGAGUGAAACCACACACUGAAAAUGCAGCCUUUCUGUCCCGUCAUGUCUUCCGACGUCCCCUGUACAACACACUGCUUCAUCUUUCACUCCCAGAUGUGGCCCCCGGCCGCACGGCCCCAUACUCUGCAAAUAGGUGCUGAAGAUUUCAAGGCACGCUCUUCUCAACCUAGUCAAAUAAAAACCUUGAUCCUCGAUUGACUAUUUAAUGUCAUGGUACGCAAACAAACCUUGACCUGGCACCAAGGGGGGGGAGCCAUGACCCGUCAGGACCAGGGAUGAUGAAUGUUUUAAGUUAUUCUUUUUCCUCACCCGAUGCCUCAUUGUUCAGCUGACAAUGUGGCAGACUUUUGAGCCACUCGAUAGCUCCGCCCGCCCGACUCCGGCUGCCACUUGGAGCCGGGUGGGAGCUGAUGCAUGGUCUUGCACUUACAAACUUUCCAGAUUGUAACACAAGACGCGUUGAAUGUAGUACGAGCUGUGUUCGGGGAUUUGGAGCACACUGUGUUACACACCAAGAGGAAACGAAGACACUGAUACAAACAAAUGCAAAUUUUCUAAAUCUGAAUUCACUGGCACGUUACCAAGGAGACUGUAAAUAAUGUGACGGAUCCACGCAAACAAGGACGGUAGAAAACGUGUUACUGUAAAUAGGUGUUCUUUUUAACUUAUAAAAGUUCGGCUCGGAUGUCUAACGCCAUGUUGAGGUCAUUUUCUAACGCUGUAAUUCUGAAAUAAUGAUGUUCUGAACGGAGAUUUUUAAUCGAAACGAGGACUAAUUGUAGGUACAAAAUGGCGUAUAUGCAAUAUUUACAUUUUUGAGAAUUCCUUCGCAGAGAUGGAUGUAUACAUACUGUCAAUAAUGUUUGUUAAAAUCACAUUUGUUUUUACCUUUUCUUUUUUGCUAAUUGAGCCUGUUGGUGUUUGAGCAGUGUUUUUUGGAUAAUGUUUUUAUUCUGCAUCUAAAGGUUGUUAUUUGGGCUUCUCUUGCUGUGUCUUCAUUGUAAAUAUUUUUUUGCAUUUUUGUGAGGCUAAAAAAAUAAUUUAAACUUCAUUGCUUUAGAUUGUAUUGAUUCUUUAUAGACACACGCAAUAAAUAACAGCGUUAUUUAAGAA